GCGCGCUCCCGAGCCGGAGCCUCCCGCGCUCGUGCCCGCGUCGGUGAGCAGCAGCCCCGGCCGCGCCCCGCCCGCUGCCGGCUGCGGGUAGCCGCUGCGGGUCUGCAGGCCCCGGGGGUGGGACUGUCUCAGCCACCGACCAUGGCCGACCGCGGAUGCCCUCUGGAGGCGGCGCCGCUGCCCGCCGAGGUGCUCGAGAGCCUGGCGGAGCUGGAGCUGGAGCUGUCGGAAGGUGACAUCACUCAGAAAGGAUAUGAAAAGAAAAGGGCGAAGCUGCUUUCUCGUUACAGUCCCCUCAUUCAAGGAGUAGACCCAUGUCUGCAAACAGAGACUAGACUUCCUGGGCCCUUGAUGGCUGCAGCUACACCUAAACCACAGAAGUCUCGGGCUACCAACUCAAGGGAUGAGCGCUUCCGGUCAGAUGUCCACACAGAAGCCGUGCAAGCAGCUUUGGCCAAAUACAAAGAGCGGAAGAUGCCAAUGCCUUCAAAAAGACGGUCUGUCCUUGUGCACUCGUCUGUGGAAACCUAUACUCCCCCAGACACGUCAUCUGCCUCAGAAGAUGAGGGCUCUUUGCGGCGACCGGGGCGACUCACCUCCACUCUGCUCCAGAGCCAUUCCAGCAUCGAGCCCUGGCUCGACAGGGUCAUUCAGGGCUCGUCCACCUCAUCCUCUGCAUCCUCCACCUCAUCCCACCCGGGAGGGAGACCGGCUGCUGCUCCCGGUGCCACCACUGCGCUUGCAGGCCUCACGGCCCACACCCACGUAGAUCUUCACUCUGCCCCACCCGAUGUCACCACGGGGCUGGCGGAGCACUCCCACUAUGAGCGUCCGCAGGUGGUGUCUGUGAGAGGUGUUCCUCGAGGGCAUGGCAGGACCGUGCUGGAAACUGCGGGUGGUGUGCCUGUGAACAGCAGGGUGUCCUCCAAAAUCCAGCAGCUCCUGAAUACCCUGAAGAGGCCAAAACGCCCUCCGCUGAAGGAGUUCUUUGUGGAUGACUUCGAGGAAUUAUUGGAAGUUCAACAGCCAGAUCCAAAUCAGCCCAAACCUGAGGGAGAUCAGAUGGCAGUGCUGAAGGGAGAGCCUCUGUCGGUGGGGACUUCGGGGCCACCAUCUCUGCUGGCUGCGCUGCAGCUCUGGGGCACAACCCAGCCCAAAGCCCCCUGUCUGACUGCCUUGGACACAGCGGGGAAGGCCACCUAUACCCUCACCUAUGGCAAACUUUGGAGUCGGAGUUUAAAGUUAGCGUAUACACUACUUAAUAAACUGACCAGUAAGAAUGAAGCGCUACUUAAGCCUGGAGACAGAGUGGCACUUGUGUUUCCAAAUAGUGACCCUGUAAUGUUCAUGGUUGCAUUUUAUGGGUGUCUCCUGGCAGAGCUGGUUCCUGUCCCUAUAGAAGUACCACUGACAAGAAAGGACGCAGGCAGCCAGCAGGUUGGGUUUCUCCUGGGCAGCUGUGGGGUGACCCUGGCCCUGACCACAGACGCUUGCCAGAAGGGCCUGCCCAAAGCACCAACAGGAGAGGUGGCGACUUUCAAAGGUUGGCCUCCCCUCGCCUGGCUGGUGAUUGAUGGGAAGCAUCUGACCAAGCCUCCCAAAGACUGGUAUCCACUGGCCCAGGACACAGGGUCCGGGACUGCCUACAUUGAAUAUAAAACCAGCAAAGAAGGCAGCACAGUAGGGGUCACCGUAUCCCAUUCAUCGCUGCUGGCACAGUGCCAGGCACUGACCCAGGCAUGCGGAUACAUGGAAGCUGAAACAUUAACGAAUGUGCUGGACUUCAAAAGGGAUGCUGGUUUGUGGCAUGGAGUCUUAACAAGUGUCAUGAAUAGGAUGCACGUCAUCAGCAUCCCAUACGCGCUGAUGAAGGUCAACCCACUCUCCUGGAUUCAGAAAGUGUGUUCCUACAAAGCCCGGGCCGCCCUGGUGAAGUCCCGAGAUAUGCAUUGGUCCCUCUUGGCACAGCGAGGGCAGAGGGACGUCUGUCUGAGCUCUCUGCGCAUGCUGAUUGUGGCUGAUGGCGCUAACCCCUGGUCCAUAUCUUCCUGUGAUGCCUUCCUCAACGUCUUCCAGUCCAGAGGUCUGAGGCCAGAGGUCAUCUGUCCCUGUGCCAGCUCUCCCGAGGCACUAACAGUGGCCAUCCGCAGGCCCCCGGACCUUGGAGGACCUCCUCCGAGAAAAGCUGUUCUGUCCAUGAAUGGCCUGAGCUAUGGUGUGAUCAGAGUCGACACUGAGGAGAAGCUGUCAGUCCUCACUGUUCAGGACGUUGGUCAGGUGAUGCCUGGAGCUAGUGCGUGUGUUGUGAAGGUCGAUGGCGCCCCUUACCUUUGUAAAACUGAUGAAAUUGGAGAAAUCUGUGUCAAUUCUGUUGCAACUGGGACAGCGUAUUAUGGAUUGCUUGGAAUCACAAAGAAUGUCUUUGAGACCGUCCCGGUCACUGCAGAUGGAGUCCCCGUGUCUGACCGGCCUUUCACCAGGACGGGCCUUCUGGGAUUCAUUGGGCCUGAUAACCUGGUCUUCGUCGUGGGAAAGCUGGACGGGCUGAUGGUUGUAGGCGUGCGCAGACAUAAUGCAGAUGACAUUGUAGCCACUGCCCUGGCCGUGGAGCCCAUGAAGUUUGUCUACAGAGGCAGGAUUGCGGUGUUCUCCGUGACUGUGCUGCACGAUGACCGGAUUGUCUUGGUGGCUGAACAGCGGCCUGACGCUUCGGAGGAAGACAGCUUCCAGUGGAUGAGCCGUGUGCUGCAGGCCAUUGACAGCAUCCACCAGGUGGGUGUGUACUGUUUGGCCCUGGUUCCUGCCAACACCUUGCCCAAGGCUCCCCUCGGAGGAAUUCACAUUUCUGAAACCAAGCAGCGUUUUCUGGAAGGGAUGCUACACCCGUGUAAUGUGUUGAUGUGUCCUCAUACCUGUGUGACCAACCUUCCCAAGCCACGCCAGAAGCAGCCAGAGGUUGGACCAGCCUCGAUGAUUGUUGGGAACCUGGUUGCUGGAAAAAGGAUUGCGCAGGCGUCUGGGAGAGAGCUGGCCCACCUGGAGGAUAGUGACCAGGCUCGGAAGUUCCUGUUCCUGGCGGAUGUGCUGCAGUGGCGAGCUCAUACCACACCUGACCACCCGCUGUUCUUGCUGCUGAACGCCAAGGGCACAGUCACCAGCACUGCAACCUGUAUCCAGCUGCACAAAAGGGCCGAGAGAGUGGCUGCUGCUCUCAUGGAGAAGGGGCGACUGGAUGCUGGGGACCAUGUGGCUUUGGUCUAUCCCCCAGGGGUUGAUCUUAUCGCUGCCUUCUAUGGCUGCCUGUACUGUGGCUGUGUGCCUGUCACUGUGCGACCCCCACACCCCCAGAACCUUGGCACUACCUUGCCCACUGUGAAGAUGAUUGUCGAGGUCAGCAAAUCUGCUUGUGUCCUUAGUACACAGGCCAUUACACGGCUGCUCAAGUCCAAGGAAGCAGCUGCCGCUGUAGAUGUCAGGACCUGGCCAACCAUCCUUGAUACAGAUGACAUUCCAAAAAAGAAGCUAGCUAGCAUUUUCAGACCGCCCUCCCCAGACGUGCUCGCGUACUUGGACUUCAGUGUGUCGACUACAGGGAUCUUAGCUGGAGUGAAGAUGUCACACGCAGCCACAAGUGCCUUGUGCCGCUCCAUAAAGCUUCAGUGUGAGCUGUACCCCUCACGGCAGAUCGCCAUCUGCCUGGACCCUUACUGUGGCCUCGGCUUUGCACUGUGGUGUCUGUGCAGCGUCUACUCUGGACACCAGUCAGUGCUUGUUCCCCCGCUGGAGCUGGAGAGCAAUGUGUCCCUCUGGCUGUCUGCUGUCAGCCAGUACAAGGCCCGUGUUACCUUCUGUUCUUACUCAGUGAUGGAGAUGUGUACCAAAGGUCUGGGUGCACAGACCGGCGCCCUUAGGAUGAAGGGGGUGAACCUGUCAUGUGUGCGCACCUGCAUGGUGGUGGCUGAGGAACGGCCCCGGAUCUCAUUGACACAGUCAUUUUCCAAGCUCUUUAAAGACCUGGGCCUCCCUGCACGAGCUGUGAGCACCACCUUUGGGUGCAGAGUCAACGUGGCCAUCUGCCUCCAGCCCAACAGGCUGGGAAAACUAGCUGAGCAGGGCACAACAGGUCCAGAUCCCACGACUGUCUAUGUGGACAUGCGGGCGCUGCGGCACGACAGAGUUCGUUUGGUGGAACGGGGUUCUCCGCAUAGUCUACCGUUGAUGGAGUCUGGAAAGAUCCUCCCGGGAGUGAAGGUCAUCAUUGCACACACGGAGACCAAAGGGCCCCUGGGAGACUCACACCUGGGCGAGGUGAGUGCUGCUGGGUGUGGACCAGGGUGAGAGGUCAUCAUUGCACACGCAGAGACCAAAGGGCCCCUGGGAGACUCACACCUGGGUGAGGUGAGUGCUGCUGGGUGUGGAGCAGGUGAGAGCCUUCCAGACCCUGGAUUCUCUCUCCUCCUCUCAGAAUUCUCUUAGGGUUCAGGUAUUCUUUUGGGACUCCAUGUGUCUUUAUGAAAAGAUCAAUUUUUAUUAUUCUUUAUUGUGUGCAUGUGUGUGUUUGUGUGUGUGUGUGUGUGUGUGUGUGUGUGUAUGUUCUUUGGGUGUAUGCACACAACUGUAGGUGUCUGUAGAUGCCAGAGGCUGAGAUCUUUCCUGGAACUGGAGCUCCAGGUGGUUGUGAGCCACCUGAGGAUGUGCCGGGAACCGAACCUAGGUCCUCUGGAACCUUAACGCUUUCCAGCUUCUGUAUGUCUCUUAAGAAUCCUAGUAAUCUCCUUCCCACCUCUCCUGCACUCUCAGACCCUGCUCGUAAUAUAGGGCUUACAGCGUGUGGGUAAGAGGCCUCUCCUCUCACCGGGUCACCCCACCAACAAAGUUAUGAGAACAUUGGGGUGCCAGGGAAGCCACACGGGACCAUCAUUAGCCAGGGGACAAGAACAGCUGUUUUGGGGAGAACUGAUCAGCCACUCCUUAAAACUAGGUAUAGCAUCAGUGCCAAGGUCACAGACCCAAUGGCAUCAACAACUGACCACAGGUUCAAGGCCACACGGGACUUUAUUCCAGGCUCAGGAUUCUUGGUGACCCAAAGACUCAGCCGUCUAUGGGGCAGUUGUGGCACACAGAGCCUGUCACCGGCAUUAGGUAGAUAGGAAAUGAUGCUCACAGGGACAGGAGAGCCCCUCACUUCCAGGUAGCAUUCACUCAUGGGCAGUGCACAGAUGUUCCCACUCAUGGAAAGUGGGCCAGUGGAGCCUCUUGCAGACAGUGGGAAAGUGGGGUCCAUUCACGGGCACUAGACAGGUGGAAUACUUCACAGAGAGUAGGCAUUGGGGCCUCUCACUUGCGUACAGUGGGAAGAUAGGGCCCCUGGCUUAUGGGCAGGGGCAGGAAGGGCCUCUUAUUUAUGGGCACUAGGCAGCUAAGGGCAAGGAGAGCCUGUAAGGGAGUGCCCACAAGACAUGGGAGUCUGGGCCGAAUGGGAGACCCACUCCUCAUGGGAGCUGCCCUCCUUUCUACUUCUCUUUUUGGAAGUUGUUGUGUGACAUUGUCAGAGUGGGCAGCUUGUGGGUCGGGGUGGGCUCUGUCUAAGAGGCCCCCUUGACACUAUUGAGGACUAUAGGCCACACCUAUAGACUUUAGUCUAUACAUGGAUGCAUAUGAGCUCAUAUGUGAGCAUCCUGCACGAAUGCACAUGACCGCAGGUGCACAG